AUGGCGCUCCACGACGAGGCGCUGUCCGUGUUCCGCCGCCUGCCGGUGCUGCCGGCGCUGCCCGCCUGCAACGCGGUCCUCGACGUGCUCGUGAAAGCCCACAAGUUCGACCGCGUCUGGAGGCUGUUCGAUGAAAUGCUACGCCGGGGGAUGGUGCCCAGCGUUGUGACCUACAACACGCUCAUCAACGCUUGCCGGCACGAGGGUGCUGUGGCGAAGGCUUGGGAGGUCUGGAAUCAGAUGGUGGCGAGACGGAUUGAUCCGAAUGUGGUCACGUACUCGACGAUGAUUUGCGCGCUUUGUGAAGAGGGCUGCAUCGGCGAGGCUGAGCGGCUCUUCUUUGCCAUGAAGGAAACAGGGAUGCAGCCUAACCAUUACACGUACAAUGCACUGAUGAGCAGCCACUGCAAGAUAGAUGGUGCCAACCGGGCACUUGCGCUGUACCAGGAACUGCUGAAGAGUGGUCUUGUUCCCAAUGCGGUCAUCUUUACAACGCUAAUUGACGGGUUUUUCCAGGCGGGCAGAAUAAGUGAUGCGAAAAAUACUUUUCUUGACAUGCACAGGUAUGGAGUUGCUCCCACUGUGCCCGUGUACAACAGUUUGAUUGAUGGAGCUUUCAGGUCUGGUGAUGCACAAGAAGCAUUAACGGUUUACCAGGACAUGACUCGCCUAGGUUUGCAACCAGAUGAGUUCACCUGCAGCAUAGUUGUAAGAGGCCUCUGCGAUGGAGGUCAAGUGCAGGUAGCGGCCAGGUUUCUUGAAAUCUUGCAGCAAUCUGGUACUUACCUUAAUGCUGCUGCAUACAACACACUAAUUGAUGAGUACUGCAAGGAUGGAAAUCUAGAGGAAGCCCUGGCAACAUGCACAAAAAUGAGCGAGGUUGGAAUUGUGCCCAAUGUGGUGACAUACACCUCCUUGAUAGAUGGACAUUCAAAGAAAGGAAAGAUGGAAGUAGCAAUGGCUAUAUACACAGAGAUGAUAGCCAAAGGGGUUGAACCUAAUGUUUUGACAUAUACGGCUCUGAUUCAUGGCCAUGCCAAGGAUGGUGACAUCGAUGCUGCGUUUAGGUUACAGAAGGAGAUGACGGGGAAAGGCAUUUCUCCCAAUUCAAUCACAGUGUCGGUUCUUGUUGAUGGUCUGUGCAGAGAGAAUAGGGUUCAAGAUGCAGUCACUAUCGUCCUAAAGUACUCAGGGCAGAAGAAGCAUGGUGACAUUCGUUCCUGCUUUUCGAACUCUACAACUGAGGAACACCAUUCAAUCCCAAACAGUGUGACAUAUAUGACCCUGAUAUAUGGUCUUUAUCUAGAUGGCCAAUACCAUGAAUCUGGUAAGUUCUUCUCUUGCAUGAGAGAAUCUGGUAUGGUGCCUGAUAGCUUCACGUAUUCACUACUGAUUCGGGGACAAUGCAUGUUUGGCUAUGUCUUAAAUGCCAUGAUGCUCUAUGCUGAUAUGGUCAAGGUCGGUGUUAAGCCCAUGAGACAUGCCACAGUCUGCCCUGAGAUCUGGUCAAGGGAUUCACCAAAUGGUCUCAAAACUCAAACGUGA